GACAGGGAGUAGCUAGUUGUAGUAGUAGUGAGUGAGUGGUCCCUAAAUUCUCAGCAGUACUACUAUUUCCUUUUGAUUUGACUAUAACCCAAUGAUCAAAAUUCAGACCCUGGUUACUUCUUAUCUAGUUUGUUCGUUUUCUCUUCUUUGGAUUGUUGUUUAUCAAAAUAUACCCGUCAAAGUUUGUGUGAAUAUGUCUAAACUUUAUAUAAGAAAGUAAAAUACACUCUACUUUCCAUACUACUUUUAGAAAUCCAAGCUCAAACUCAUCAACUAUUUAUACCUUCAAAUUCCUCGAGCACUCUCUAAAUUCUUCCUCGUCCAUCUCUCCAUUUCUCUCGAUUCCAACUACAGUUUCCUUCGAUACCUUACAACUCACUCAGAACCCCUUCUUUCUCCUGCACGUUCAAAGAAAAUCUCUGUAUUUGAAAGAAAUAGAGUUAAUUCAUUUGCUUAAUGUCUACAUCAACAAGAAGAUUGCUUUCCGGCGUGGCAGCGGCGGCACCGCCACCAGAACCUCUUGCAACUGAUUCUGAUUUAGUAAUCAUACUAGCUGCUCUACUAUGUGCCCUGAUUUGUGUAGUUGGUUUAUUCGCUGUGGCUCGUUGCGCUUGGUCACGGAGGAAUCAUUCUACUACGCUAGUUCCUCAGCUACUCCCAGCUGCUAACAAAGGCUUGAAAAAGAAGAUCAUUCAGCAACUUCCUAAAAUCAUUUUUAGUACAGGGAGUGCUAUCAGUGGAAAUUUAGCUGAUUGUGCCAUCUGUUUGACUGAAUUCGUUGAUGGGGAUGAAAUUAGAGUUCUGCCUCAGUGUGGGCAUGGAUUUCAUGUCGGCUGUAUCGACACGUGGCUUGGUUCUCACUCUUCGUGUCCGUCCUGCCGUCAGAUAUUUAUUUCCCCUACUCCGAGGUGUCAAAAGUGCGGUGGAGUCUCGGCAAGAUCGGAUGAAACCGGUGCCGACUUGGAAGUUGGACUCAAGAGUAGUAGUACUACAACUGUUACUCAAACUCAGGAACAUAGAUUUCUGCCUUGAUUGAUUAGAAGAAAUAUUUCUUAAGUAGUUAGAUAUUUUUGGCUUUAACCCUUUAUAUAUCAAAAGUAUAUUAUUCCGUUUUUAGUUUAAUACUUGGCAGUGCAAUAUUUUACUCACGAACAUGCAUCCUUCCCGGCUAGUUUCAUAUCCUCUCUGCUGAGUGAAAGAAGUUAUUGCUUGCAGAUACUCGCUCGUAGUGAAUGUGUUUGUUGCUUCACAUCAUGUCGGAUCCCUCUUGGGGAUUGAGAAUCACCGGAACGAAAAGUUAUGGUGAACCUGAGACUGCAACCAAGAUAUCUACUUUAGAAAGGAUCUGCAUCCACUGAAACCAACUAACCCAAAUGCCUAUGGAAUGAUGGAAAUUUUCCAUUUUGAGCUUUUUAUAUAGUGGACACAGAAAUCACCAUUAUUUUGAAUUUUGAAUUUUAUUUUUAAAAGUACAUGUCAAAAGUAACCCACUGUUUUUACAUGUUUCUCGUGUUUAAUAAGUUGAUAACCGGUAACGCAUUA